CACCCAACAUCUUUCAUCAUCAACUUAAAGCACAUUCAAAAAGAGUUUCCACAUUUCUUGCAAUAGCUACGCAUACACUCCUCUGGUCUUCACUAGAUUUGUGUUUCAACAACAUUAAUUGGAGAACAUUAUAAGAGGUAUCAUAUCAUGGGUUUGAAGAACCGUGGCGUUGGUCAUAGAGCAUGGAACCUGCUGCGAGUGACAUUGCUGUGGGCACGUAAAGGUGGGGUGUUGAGACGGAGGGUAGCGAUGGAGCUGCGUCUGGUUCCAAAGUACUUGAAGCGUCUCGGACACAGUAAUACGCCGCCCAGCCAUAUUCAUUACUUUGAGCGCGAGCUGUCCUUCGACAAGACCCCCAUUUUCCAUGUCAAGAUGUACCGUCCAACCUCUAUGCGCUUCCACUUGCCUCACAUUCCUUGUAUUAACCCACAAGUUGAUUUUGAGUAUGAUUUCGACGACGACGAUGAUGAUGUUGAAUAUGAUACCGGGAGAAAGAGUGCUCUCACGGCUGCAGGAGAGUGUGACCAAGAAUUUUAUGAUGAUUAUGAAAGACGCCUGGAGAUGACGUCUUGUAGUGAACAGGAGGAACAAGAAGCAGAUGCCCAAGGGAUAGAUAAGCGAGCCGAGGAGUUCAUACAAAAAUUCUAUCAGCAAAUGAAGCUGCAGCGCCAGAUUUCUCUUCUACAAUACAAUGCAACACCCAAUAGAGACACGACUUCUUGAGCAGUUUUUCAAAAAUACAGGCGGCUUACUUCAUUUUUCCUUCUUUUUCUGUUGAGUUUUGGUGCCACUGUUAAUGUUAAAACAUUUUAGUAAACGAAAUGAGAGAGACUACUGCGGGAUGCUGUAAAUACCAGGAGCUAGACUUCAGUUCUAGUAUUUACAUUUUUUUCAUGAUUAUAUGCAAUAAAUGCUACAGAGCUGCCAUUCAUCGUUGAAUUUAAAA